AUGCAGUACAAACUGCAUCCCUGAUGCCUGCUGGUUCAAAUAUCACUUUGGCAUAUCAAAGAACUGACAAUUUUUAGUACACAGAGAUACUUCCUCGAGAAUGAUAAAAUUGCCCUUAGACAUAUUGGGAUGUAUCUAGCCCUCAUACCUGCCAUGAAUCGUUUAUCCUUGCUUUUGCACUUGAUCUUCUUCUUCCUCCUCAUCUCUAACCUUUCAGCCCUUGUCACUGCUGACGAUGAAUUCGUAUACUCCGGCUUCAAUGGCGCUAACCUCACCCUCGACGGUGCGGCCACAGUCACACCAAAUGGCCUACUUAUGUUGACCAAUGGAAGCCUACGGCUCAAAGGCCAUGCCUUUCAUCCAACUCCAUUCAGUUUCAGGAAGAAACCCAAUGGAACAGUGAGGUCCUUUGCUGUUUCCUACAUAUUUGCCAUCUACUGCCUCCGACCUAACAUUUGCGGCCAUGGCAUGGCUUUCGUUGUUUCCGCAAGCAAGAACUUCUCAACCGCAAUGGCAAGCCAAUACCUUGGCCUUGGAAACGACGAAAGCAAUGGCGAUUCGGCCAACCGUUUCUUCGCUAUCGAGCUCGACACGAACCAAAAUGAUGAAUUCAAGGAUAUCAACAACAAUCAUGUUGGAAUCGACAUCAACCAUCUUACAUCUGUGAACUCCAGCAGUGCAGGCUACUACGUUGGUGACAAUGGUAACUUCAACAACAUUACACUCACAAGUUACAAGGUGAUGCAAGUAUGGCUGGAAUACAAUGGGAAUAGCAAACAGAUCAAUGUGACCCUAGCUCCCAUAAAAAUGGCCAAGCCUGUUAAACCACUACUCUCUGCCUACUGCAACCUCUCAACAGAGUUCACAGGCAUGGCAUAUGUUGGCUUCUCGUCAUCCACGGGCUCAUUCGUUGCACGACACUAUGUGCUUGGCUGGAGUUUUGGCAUCAACAAACCUGCGCCAGCCAUCGACAUCAGUAAGCUGCCAAAGCUACCAUAUGAAGGCCAGAAGCCACAGCCCAAAGUUUUAGCAAUCACUCUGCCAAUAGCCUCAGCAAUAUUUGUUCUUGUAGUGGCAGCACUCGCCAUUCUACUCUUCCGGAGGAGAUUAAGGUAUGCCGAGGUACGAGAAGAUUGGGAGGUUGAAUUUGGGCCUCAUAGAUUCUCAUACAAGGACCUGUUCUAUGCUACGGAAGGAUUUAAGAAUAAUAAUCUACUAGGAAUAGGAGGGUUUGGAAGGGUAUACAAGGGACUGCUCCCAACAUCUAAACUGGAGAUUGCUGUGAAGAGAAUCUCUCAUGACUCCAAUCAAGGUAUGAAGGAAUUUGUUGCGGAGAUUGUCAGCAUAGGUCGUCUCCAACACCGCAAUCUUGUGCAGUUACAUGGCUAUUGCCGACGAGAAAGUGAACUUAUUUUAGUGUAUGAUUAUAUGUCCAAUGGAAGUCUUGACAAGCACUUGUAUGGUCAAGAGAACAAUUCUACUUUGACAUGGGCCCAAAGGUUUCAAGUAAUCAAAGAUAUUGCAUCUGGAUUGCUUUACCUCCAUGAGGAAUGUGAGAAAGUAAUACUCCACCGGGACAUCAAGCCAAGCAAUGUACUUCUUGAUGACAAUAUGAAUGGACGACUAGGUGACUUUGGCCUGGCAAGGUUAUAUGACCAUGGUACCGACCCUCAAACUACACAUGUUGUUGGUACAAUAGGAUACCUAGCUCCCGAGCUGGCACGCACUAGCAAAGCAACACCCCUUACCGAUGUAUUUGCCUUUGGCAUGUUUGUUCUUGAAGUCACAUGUGGCCGAAAACCCAUUGACCAAACUUCACAGGAUGGUCAAUUGAUGUUGGUAGACUGGGUACUUCAUUGUUGGAACCAAGGACUUCUAAAUGAUGCAGUGGAUAUCAAGCUCCAAGGUAUCUACAAUAUUGAUAAUGCAUGUCUUGUUCUGAAGUUAGGAUUGUUGUGUACACACCCUUUUAUCAAUAGAAGACCCACUAUGAGGCAUGUUAUGCAGUUUCUCAAUGGGGAGAUGGAACUACCAGAGCUAACACCAACAAACAUGAGCUUCAACAUGCUCUCCUUGAUGCAGAACCAAUGUUUUGAUCCUAAGAUCACCAUGUUUUGCUUCCUUUUCUUUCUCGUUUCCUUUGGUGCCAACUGUACAUCCUUCACCACCUCCAGUGAUGAUCAACUCUUAUAUCAUGGUUUCACUAGUGCAAACCUCAUCACUGAUGACACUACCAUAGUCAUGUCAAAUGGACUACUUGAGCUAACCAAUGGCACAGUUAACCGCAAAGGCCAUGCAUUCUACCCAUCUCCAUUGCACUUCCACAGGUCACACAGUGAGACAGUACAAUCUUUCUCGGUUUCAUUUGUGUUUGCGAUCCACUCUAGCUACCCCGGCAUGAGCCUACAUGGAUUGGCCUUUGUUGUUUCCCCAAGCACAAACUUCUCCAAUGCAUUGGCUAGCCAGUACUUGGGAUUUCUAAACUCUCAAAACAGAGGCAACUCAAGCAACCAUAUCUUAGCUAUCGAGUUUGACACUGUCAUGAACAUUGAGUUCGAAGACAUCAACAACAACCAUGUAGGAAUUGACAUCAACAACAUCCACUCUGUAAAAUCCCAUUCUGCAGGCUACUAUGAUGAUAGAACUAGUAGCUUCCGAGACAUCAGUCUUAUUAGUGGGGACCCAAUGCAAGCAUGGGUGGACUACAAUGGGGAAGACAAGAAAAUCAGUGUGGCUUUGGCUCCUAUUAAAAUGGAGAAACCUACAAGGCCACUCAUCUCAAUUUCCUAUGAUCUCUCAACAGUCUUGAAAGAACCAUCUUAUAUUGGAUUCUCAGCAUCAACUGGUUCAGCUGACUCACGACACUACAUCCUUGGCUGGAGCUUUGGCAUGAAUAAACCAGCUCCUACGAUUAUUGUCAACAAACUACCAAAGCUACCUCGUCGUCAAGGCUCAAACCCUCAGCUAAAGCUCCUUGCAAUCACUCUACCGAUAGCCAGUGCAAUAUUUGUGAUUCUUUUAUGUGGUGUAUUCAUUAUAAUUGUUCGGAGGCGAUUGAGGUAUGCGGAGCUAAAAGAGGAUUGGGAGGAUGAGUUUGGGCCGCAUCAGUUUUCAUAUAAAGAUCUACUCCAGGCGACACAGGGGUUCAGCAAUAAACAACUACUUGGUGCGGGAGGAUUUGGCAAGGUCUACAAAGGAGUGCUUCCAUCAUCUAAAUUAGAAGUUGCUGUGAAGAGGGUGACCCAUGAGUCUAGACAAGGGAUGAAGGAGUUUGUUGCUGAGGUUGUUAGUAUUGGCCACAUUCGUCAUCGCAAUAUCGUCCAAUUAUUGGGCUAUUGCAGGAGAAAAGGUGAAUUACUUUUAGUUUAUGACUAUAUGACAAAUGGCAGCCUUGAUAAGUAUUUAUACUACAGUGACCUCAAACCUACAUUGAGUUGGGAUCAACGCUUUCGGAUCAUCAAGGGUAUUGCAUCUGGAUUGUUAUAUCUCCAUGACAAAUGGGAGAAAGCUGUCAUCCACCGAGACAUCAAGGCAAGCAAUGUUUUGCUCGAUAGUCAAAUGAAUGGAAGGCUAGGUGACUUUGGCCUUGCAAGACUAUAUGAUCAUGGCUCUGACCUACAAACAACACACGUGGUCGGAACCAUGGGGUACCUUGCCCCAGAAUUAGUGUGCACAGGUAAGGCAUCCCCUCUCACAGAUGUGUUUGCCUUUGGUACAUUCCUUCUUGAGGUCACCUGUGGGCAAAGGCCAGUUAACAACAGUGCACAAGACAAUCCUCGUGUAUUAGUUGACUGGGUUGUCGAGCAUUGGCAAAAAGGAUUGCUAACAAAUAUAAUAGACACAAGGCUGCAAGGAAAAUAUAACAUUGAUGAGGCAUGCUCGGUGCUAAAGCUAGGUCUAUUAUGCUCACAUCCAUUUACCAGCAUAAGGCCCAAUAUGCAGCAAGUCAUGCAAUACCUUGAUGGCGAUAUGCUCCUCCCAGAGCUGACACACAUGGAAAUGAGCUUCAGCAUGCUCUCCAUAAUGCAGGAUGAAGGGUUUAACCCACUGACAUUAUCAUAUCCUCCUUCAGGAACUAGCAUUGGCACAAUAUCUAACAUCUCUGGAGGAAGAUGAUAAACUUGGUUAUUAUGUCAUGUGUACUUGUGUGGCAUUGGUGAUAAUAUGUGUCAACUCUUAUGUAACCUUAGGCAUAGUUAGCUUAAAAGGUCCUAUUAUUAUCUUUUUAAAUAAUAGUGUAUUAUUUGUAUAUAGUACGUGGUGUUUACAACACCCGCAGUUAAUCCUAUACACACUAGAAUG